CGCUCCGCGGUGACACGCCGGAAGUUAAAGCUUCCUCUUCCGGUGAGCGCCGAGGAGCAGGCCAGUGAGGGGGGGAUGACACGGAGCUAAAGCUAGCUUAAUUCUGUCAAGACUGCGCUCGAAUGCAAAGGAGUGUCCGAGAAAUUGGGUGUCCUGGUUGUUUUCCAUGCACGCAGACCAUUAACAUCCAAACUGUUUAGAGACGCCCGCAUUGUGAAGUUCUUCGGAUCAGCUUUACUGCCUGCUGCUGGGUGGCAGUGUUGAAGAAAUGGACCAGAACAACAGCAUACCACCCUUCCAGGGUCUGGCUUCCCCUCAGGGUGCCAUGACCCCAGGCAUGCCGAUGUUCAGUCCCAUGAUGCCGUACGGCUCAGGCCUCACACCCCAGCCAGUGCAGAACACAAACAGCUUGUCUAUACUCGAGGAACAGCAGAGGCAACAGCAGCAGCAGCAGCAACAACAGCAACAGCAGCAAGCACAGCAGUCCAAUGCAGGCCUUGCAGGGACGUCGGGGCAGACUCCUCAACUAUAUCAUUCCCAGGCGUUAGCAGGCUCGACCACCACUGCACUGCCAGGAGGCCCCGGGCUCUACAACACUCCGAUCGGCCCCAUGACCCCCCUCACUCCGGCUACACCUGCGUCAGAGAGCUCAGGCAUUGUCCCAACGCUACAAAACAUAGUAUCUACUGUAAACCUGGGCUGUAAGCUGGAUCUGAAGACUAUUGCACUGAGAGCCAGGAAUGCAGAGUAUAACCCCAAGCGUUUUGCUGCCGUCAUCAUGAGAAUAAGAGAGCCCAGGACCACCGCACUUAUCUUCAGCUCUGGGAAGAUGGUCUGCACUGGAGCAAAGAGCGAGGAGGAGUCGAGGUUAGCAGCUAGGAAGUACGCGCGGGUGGUGCAGAAGCUGGGCUUCCCCGCCAAGUUCUUGGACUUCAAGAUUCAGAACAUGGUGGGCAGCUGUGACGUGAAGUUCCCCAUUCGACUGGAGGGCUUGGUCCUCACACAUCAGCAGUUCAGCAGCUAUGAGCCGGAGCUGUUUCCAGGAUUGAUUUAUAGGAUGAUCAAACCCCGAAUUGUCCUGCUAAUCUUUGUUUCUGGGAAGGUAGUACUCACAGGGGCCAAGGUGAGGGCAGAGAUCUACGAAGCAUUUGAAAACAUUUACCCCAUCCUGAAAGGUUUUCGCAAGACGACGUAGAACUUGGUAGUUUUCAUCUCCCCCAACCUCGUCUCUUCUUUUGUUUUAUUUUUUAAGCUGCAUCAAAGUGACUCACUGGUGUUGAACUUUUUACGUGACGGACUGUAUGGGAUGUUGUACACUGAGAUCUUGUCUGGUUUUACCUUUUUCUUUUUUCUUUUUUUUUCCCCCUGCGGAUUUUUAAACAGGAUUUUAAGGGUCCUCUUCCAGUGUACUGAUCAAACAUGUAGGUGAACACCAUUUCCAUCCAUCUCCUGCAGUUUCAGGUUUGCUCUACCGUCACAUCCCUAAUUUGUAAAUAGCACUGUAAGAAAAUGUAAAAAGAUUUGUUGACGAACAGAAAAGCAGUCUGAAGGGGACUUGUUUUUAGUUUUGUUCUAAACAGUUUAACUACUUUUGUACGCUGCGUUUUUAGCCUUUGUUCGCCCACUUCCAGGCUUUUACUGCCCUGUGUUCAGAUCUCGCUAUUUGGAUCUUUCUUUCGACCCGUUCCAAGCAGUAAUGAAGCAGGUUUCUUACAACUAAAAGGUUUAAGACUAGCUGAAUUGAUUUAAACCUGUCACCAAGUUGUUUGUUUGGUUGUGCAGCUUCUGGCCCUGUUCAGGUACGCUCUGACUGGAGAGUCGGGCUGAAACGCGUUUUCUAUUGAAAAGUAAGGUAUGUUGUAAUUUACAGAAAGAAAUGUUUUAAUGGUUCAGCUGGAGCUAAACGUAUUUUUUUAUAUUUUAAAUAUGAAAAAGAUGGAAAUCAUGAGGCAGAUGCAGCUAGUUCCUGUUUCAGCGAUUAAUGGCAGUUUGGCAAUUGGUCAAAAUAUAAAUGUGAAGGAAAAAUGCUUCGUAAAUAAGUUUAUACCUAGCACUAAAAGAAACAAUUUGGUUUUAGUAUCUAAAUAUCUAUUUUUGGCCAUGUUAAAACUUCAUUUGAGGAUUUCUAUCAGUGUUGAAGACAUUUAAGUGAGUUUAGGUCUUUGGGUGUUUGUUUAAACACAAACUGUAAUUAAACCUCAACCAUUUCAACGCUUUCCUGUUAGCCAGCUCAACAUUUGCUUCGUAGUUGGAAUCAAAUCGGCGUCAGAAUCCGUCUCUGCCAUCAGAUUUCUGCGUUGAAUAUAGAUUUUCAGAAUAGAUCAGGAAGUGUUUUUCCAUCCGGUGCUUCAUCUGAAGUCGUUACAUGUUCUGCCUUCUGCAACAAUAAAGCUGUACAUACUGACUCCA